AAUGGGCAUACCCCAAGGAUACGUAUUGUCUUCUAUGUUAUGUAAUAUGUAUUAUGCAAAAUUAGAAAGAGAAUACUUCGAAGUGAAAGAAGAAGACUUACUAAUGCGUCAAAUUGACGAUUUUCUCUUCAUUUCACCUUCUCCCGAGCGAACUCUUAAAUUUUACAACAUCCUAAAGCAGGGUUUUCCCAAAUACAACUGCUUUAUUAAUAAAGAAAAACUUGUCACGAAUUGCUUCUUAAUAAAAGAUUUACCUUUGCAAGACAAUAUAUCUUUCUGUGGUUAUAUUUUUAACACUGUAACGCUGGGGGUUGAUGUUUCUCUUGAAGGUUACACAGGAAUAGAUAUAAGUGAUACUAUUACACGAUGCUAUUCCUCUAAAAGAGGCUUAAAUUUAAAGGCUCAAAUAUUAAAAUUCCUUCGAGUGAAGUCUAGAAGAAUCUUCUUUGACAACAGAAUUAAUGAUGAAUUUCAUAUUGUACGAAAUAUUCAUCUUCUUUUUACUAUCAUCGCAAUGAGAUUGAAAUGCUCGAUGAAGGUUUUCAAAGGAUCAAAGAAUGUUGCUAAGAAUCCUAAAUUUUUCACAUCUUUAAUCUUUCAUGCUAUUGAAGAGUUUUUCGAUAAAAUGAAAGCUUACCUUAAACAGAAUUUCCCAUUAAGGAGGAACAUUUUUAAAUGCUUUGCUUUGGAUAACUUUUUGGCCGUUUUCAAACAAAAUAGGCACUCAUAUCGUUGCAUAUUGAAGAUACUUGCAGUAUCACGUGAAAAAAGUUUUCAACGAUUGAAAUUAGAAGAAAAGAAACUAUUAAACAAAAGCUUGAAACCCAUUGAAAUCGAGGCUAUUUCUUGAAAACAAUGAAAAAUUGAUUUUUGCUUUGUGAAUCCUUUUUUUUUAUUUAAAAUUUAAUAUAAUCAGUAUCAUUUUACAAAAGGAAACAAAAACAUAUGUCGGAUAUUGAAGUUGUGUACACUAAGUUUACAGUUUCCUUUUCCUUUUUGUUAUUUUUAUUGAUAAAAUUGAAAACCAGUUAUGUAACAUUUAAGCUGCGACGAAUAUUAUCCAUUAUGCCUUUUAUUCGUAUUUGUACUGUUAUAAGAUCUCGAUAAUGUUCGACAGACUUAAGUAUUCGUUCAAUUAGUUGAUUACUACCUAACUGUUAUACGACCUAUGCUCGAUUACUGUUUUUGAAAAGAGCUGCUGAUUAAUCUAUAUACAGUAUAUAUACUGUAUAUUUUACACAGUAUACGCAGUCUUAUUAACCUAUACUUUGUACAUUUUUCAUUAAAAUUUCUUGUACAAAGUUAGUUUAAAAUAGCCGAAUUUAGUAAAUAAAAAAAAUGAACAUUUGUUUGAAAUUCAAUAUGGAAAUCAAGCAUAGCGUAUUGGAGGUCAUUCAAAUUUUUUAUUAAUUCAUUCGCUUUAUACAUUUGUACUUUUAGCUCAUUAAUAUUCAUAGAAUUUCCCUUUUUAUUAGAUCUUACCAUUAAAUUAUCAAAAUCAUUUCUUAUUUGGCGUAUAAAUAGUAAGAUUUCAUGUUGAAUUUCAUCUUUUUGGCAAAGAGCAAAAUGAUUUCUUUCGGACCAACAAAUCAUAUUUUACGGAGUAAAAAUAAGCAGAUCAGAACUCAAUAUGAAAGUAGACAAGAAAAUCUUGAUAAUAAAAAUCAGAAGGGAAAGAAAAGAGAAUGUUUUUUUUAAUAUUUUCUUGUUGAACACAAACAGGUCUUCUUUUAAAAACCUUACAAUUUUAUAUUAAAAAAACUUAUAUUUUUGUUAAAAAUUUCUACAAAAGAAAUAAUCAAUAAAAAAAA